UUAUAAAUUAGUCGUGUUGACCAACAGUUUAAUUGGUGUGCAUUUUGUCUUCAGCGCCAAAACUACAUUUCCCAUCAUGCUCUGUGGCUGCGUGACUCGCGCAUUUACGCUCUUCAUUUAGGCAUUUUCGCUCUUUACUGCAUUGCAUAAACGUUAAAAAAAAAUCUUGUUUGUUUGAAAAAGAGGAAAUGUGUAACAUGUAGAUUAAAUCCUUUGGAGUUUGUAAGUAGCCUACCCAUUUUAAGAGGAGUUAUUCACAGUUAGGCUAUAAAGAGCAGCUAUUAAUCGGUGUCUCCAUCUAGUGGUGAUACUGGAAACCAUUUAAGUUAAAAAUUCAAAGAUCUACCACUUUGACUUGAAGCACGCUCGUCUCUUUCUCUUAUGAGAAAAAUACAAAAUAUUUUUUUUUUUUUUUUUUUUUUUUACGCUUACCAUCUUAAUAAAUAAGCCUUUACAACUGUAUUAUUGUUAACAUAGCCUAUUGGUGUAAAGACUAUGACGAAUCAUUCCCUGCUUUCACUUUCAUUCUCAAACUUUUACUUUCACUUCAGUUCACGGUUCUUUUCUGACACAAGUAGCUUUUGAUAAAGACAUGGCAGAGGCUAUACUCGGAGAUCACGACCAGUACAGCUGCUCGAUAUGUUUGGACUUGCUGAAGAAUCCCGUGACAAUUCCUUGUGGACACAGUUACUGUAUGAGCUGUAUCAAUGAAUGCUGGAAUACAAAGGAUCAGAAAGAGACCUAUAAAUGUCCACAGUGCAGACAGACCUUCAACUCAAAGCCUCCGCUCAACAGAAAUACAAUACUUGCUGAAAUAAUGGAGAAACUGAGGGACACAAAGCUACAAGUGUCAGAGACUCAAAGUCUUGCUGGACCUGGAGAGAUUGCAUGUGAUUUCUGCUCUGGAGAAGUGUUCAAAGCUGUCAAGUCUUGUCUGGAGUGUCGAGCCUCUUACUGUGAAACACACUUACAUCCACACUAUAACGUUCCUGCCCUGAAGAAACACAAGCUGGUGAAAGCUACCGUCAUGCCAAUAUGCUCCAAACAUGACAAGCUCCUUGAGGUUUUCUGUAGAACAGACCAGAUUUGUGUCUGCAUGCACUGCUUAAUGGAUGACCAUAAGGGACAUGACACAGUGCCGUCUACAAUAGAGCGCAAUGAGAAACAGAUGAAACUCACAGACACUCAGACUAAAGUCAAGCAGACAAUCCAGGCAAAAGAAAAAGAGCUGCAGAAGAUGAAAGUGGACAUCACGUCACAUUCAGAUUCUGCAAAGGAUGCUGUGAAGAACAGUAAGAGAGUCUUCACUGAAUUAGUCAAACUUAUUGAGAAAAGAAGUAAUGAAGUAAUUGAAAAGAUAAAAGCUCAAGAAAAGGCCGAUCUGGAUCAGGGUGCAAAACUACAAGAUAAGCUGGAGGAGGAAAUUUCUCAGCUGAAGAAGAGGGAAGGAGUCCUAGAUACACUUCUACAGACAGAUGACAACAUCCACUUUCUUCAGAAUUAUGAGUCUGUAUCCUCUUCUUCUGGGUCUAAUGGCUUCCCCAGUCACUCUUUUAAGCCUUGCUGCUCUUAUACGGAUGUAAACAAACUUGUCUGUGAACUUAAAGAGCGACUGGAGACUGUUUUCAACCAGGAAAUAAAUGAAACAUUUAAAAAAGAUCUGACAACAAAGAGCAAUCCAGUUUGCAUUAAGGAUGAAGACAGUGUCAAAGUGAAGUCUUCUGUUAAAACACACGUAUCAGGUAAAGGUGUCACACAUAAGAGUGUGGUUGUGGUAAAAGGAUCUCUCACCUGCAAUAUUAAAAUAGGAGACAAGGUCUGUGUGAAGCCAUCUGUUGAAACUCCAAAAUAUCUAUGGGGUUCGGUCAACCACAAAAGCACUGGCAGAGUUAUAAGUGUGCAGGGUGAGACUGUAACAGUAGAUUUCCCUGAGCAGGAAGGUUGGAUUGGUGAAGUUUCUGAAAUGGAGCUUGUAGUCAGUGCAGAUUUAGGCUCUGCCACUCAUAACUGCUUCAAGAUAGGAAACAGAGUCCGAGUGAGAUCUUCAGUGAAAGAGCCAAAACAUGGAUGGGGAUCAGUCACUCACAACAGCAUCGGUGUCAUUAAAAAAAUUCAAGGAGAGUCUUUGACUGUGGAUUUCCCUGACCAGACGGAUUGGACGGGUGUACUUUCAGAAAUGGAGCUCAUGAGUGGUGAUGUUUCAGAACUCCUCAGUUUAAGCCCUGGAGCGAGGGUCCGUGUUAAACCCACCAUCAGCACUCCAGCACAUGGCUGGGGAAGUGUCACCAAGCACAGCAUCGGAGUGGUUGUAGCUAUCGAUGGCACCAAAGUGACUGUGAACUUCCCUGAGCAGUCUAAUUGGACUGGCACUGUCUCAGAGAUGGAGGCUGUACCUUAAUGAUGAUACACAGCAUCCAGGAGCAGUUAAUAACAUUUUUACUGUGCAAGGGUGUAAAAUAUGUUGAUGUUUAUGAAAAAUGAGGUUGAUGUUAACAGGUGUAGAGUCUUAUGCACAGAUUAUUAAUGCCCACUGGGACCCACUAGGAUGGCCUGAUCCUAACAGUCUAAACUUUAUUUUACAGUGUCCUUGUUACAUGUAGUUACUAUAGUAAUAACUAUAAAAUGUGUUAUUACAUGCAACUAACCCUAAACCAAACCCUAAUCCUAACAUGUACUUAAUUAAUAUUACUCAGUAUUUAAAUGUAUAAUUACACUGUAACAAGGACACCUUAAAAUAAAGUGUAACCAGACCUAUUUUAAAUGUUUCAUUUACAUAAUGAUUGCAUAGGCAUAUUUCCACUACCAUAAUAUACUAAAAUUAAUGUGUUAACAUAUGCUAAUAUAUAUGUGUCUUUUUUAUUUAUUUACAAUAUAUGCUAAUAUGUAUGUAUGUUUAUGUUCGUUUCUUGGGUUGACUUAGAAUUGAUAUUUCUUUUGGAAUGUUUUGUAAAGAAUUGGAAUAUUUAUGUCUUAAACAAAUAAAUACAAAUUCUGCAUCCCAA